GUGAAUAAAAAAAAAUCAAAAUAUUUUCCCAUCGAAUAAGUAUCAUCAUCAUGAUUAAAUUAUCGAUAAUAAUAUUAGCCAUUCUUCAUUUGUCAAAUGAACAAAGUAUUCAUGGUCAUAAUCAUCCACAUCGUUCAUUAAAUCAUUCACCAUGUCCACAAUGUUUAGAUGCUCGCCUCAUACAACAUUAUCGUGUACGUAAAUGUCGUCCAAUCAUACCAGGUGGUUGUCAAUGUCCAUCACGAUUCAAUUGUCAUGAUUAUCUUGAUGAAAAUAAUGCUGGUAAUCUUCGUGGUGGUAAACCAGUUAUGGAUUCAACAAUUCAUAACCAUCAUCAUAAUAAUAAUGAUUCCGAUACAGAAAUUCGUGGCCGUUCAUUGGAAACGGAAUUAGACUAUUAUAAUAAAUGUCAUUAUAAUGGUACUAGCUAUAAUAUUGGUGAAAUUGUUCCAACAGAAAAUGUUUGCCGUAUUUGCGUAUGUUCAUAUAUGUCCGAUGGUACACUAAAUGUUGAUUGUCCAAGUAAAAUUGAAUGUCCAACGCCUGAAGCUCGUGGUUUGAAAAUGAAUUCAUUUCAUUUUACACCGAUCACAUUGAUUGGUGGUAUUAAUGGUGGUGGUGGUGGUGGUCCACAAUCUAUACAACGAUAUCGUCGUCGUCCAUUACGACAGAAGCAGCAACAAAAACGAAAUCCAAAUGGUGAACCGGAAUCAAUAUCAUCAUUAUCAUUAUAUUGUUAUGAUUAUUAUAAACAUGAUCAAUGUUGUCCAAGGCAAGAAUGUAUACCGGUCAAUAGUCGUACUGGCCGUACUAUAAGACCACGAAAAACAUGUCAUUAUGCCGGAAAAGAAUAUCAACUUGGUGAAAAAAUUCAUUUAUCCGAUAUAGUUGAUCAUAGAUUGACAACGACAACAGUGACAAACAUAUCGGAAUCAGAAUCAGAUGUUGAAAAUCGAAUUGAACAUAAUGGUGAUGGUAAUGAACGAACAAAAUUGGCCGAAAUUAUAGCCUGUAUGCGUUGUAUAUGUACGGAAAAUUGGAAUAGUUCGGCUAUUGAAGCACGUCCGGAUCAACUUCCGUCAUUAUUGGAUGCCGAUCAAAUUUCAUGUCGAAGGAAAUCCUGUAUUCUUGAUCUUGAUCCAAGAUUUCGUCGUGGUUGUAUACCAGUUUAUGAUCCAGAUAAAUGUUGCCCAGUGGAUUUUAUUUGUCCUCGUACACGACAGAUGGCAUUACGGGUUCGUGGUGUUGAUUAUGGUUCAAAAUUAUGUCAUUUCGAAGGCCGUAAAUAUCCGGUUGGUGCACGUAUCUAUCAAUCACGACAUCAGGCAGCCGAUUGUGUGGAUUGUGAAUGUCGUAUACCACCUGAAUUUACCUGUUUGAAAAGGAAAAAUUGUCAAUCAAAAUGAAAAAAAAAGAAAUUAUCAACAACAAUUUAUGAAUUGAUUGAUUGAUCAUCUUUAAAAACAAACAAACUAUAGGAGAGAAAAUAUGACAUUUUAUCACUUGUAAAUAACAUAUUUUUUUUACUAAACAUACGAACCAAUAAUAACUAAUCGCUAAUAAUCAAAAA